CGAGUAAGUCACGAGGAAGAAGCAGCCCAGCUGCACAUGCACGUUACCAUAAAUAGCACGGAAACAACAUAUCGUCAGAUAUAAAAACUACAACUGGUAUAUUUGGUUACACCAGUUAACUUCUGCAGUGGUUUGGGUUUGUUUGAUUCAAAAUAAUUGAAGUACUAACUAUCUGAGAGCAGCUCAGGAGACUAAACAGAGAAAUGGAGACCAGAGAAGCAGGUUGGACACAGGUUGACCUCAGACGUCUGCUGGGUCGCAUCAAGACCAGCAUCCCGGCCAGUAAGAAGGACUGGGGGUAUUCCCGGACGCAGAAGUUUCUGGACUGGAAGAAGAUCACUUUCUCCCAGUACUCGCCUGAAGAAUGUCAAGCCAAGUGGAAGCAGAUGUUCCAGAAGAUGCGCAAGCAACGAACGUUGACAGACCUCCUAGAGGAGGCUGAAGGGGCCAUCAGUGAUCCAUUCAGGCCCAAGAAGCAACAGAUCCACCCCGAGCUCCCGAAGAGGCCCCCCCUGGCCCACACUCUGUACCUGAAGGAGCACCUGGAGCUGUAUAAGAAGCAGCACCCCGAUCUCGAGCACAAGCAGCUGAUCGCCCGACUGAGCACCUGCUACAAGAAGCUCCCAGCCCGUGUCAAGGUCAAAUAUGUGAAGAAAUACAACCUCUCCCGGGACCAGUACGACAAGGACAUGAUCAGACUCCGGCGGCAGUACGGAAAACCCUUCCAGCCCACGAGCAACACGGGGCAUUACUCUGCACUGAAGAGGAAGCUAGAGGAGCAGGAUGACCUCGACGCUGAGACGUCCCCCACUUCAUCAGGGCCGAGCAGAAAGAGGGGCAUUGUAGAGCUGCCCAACCAGCCCCCCGUCAACGGGUUCCAGUUGUUGGUGGCGGAGCAGCGGGUGGCGUCGGGGCCCAUGGCCCCCAGGGACCACCUCAGAGCCAGCAGCCUGCGCUGGAGGUCCCUGAGGCAGGCGGAGCGGGACGGAUACAACACGCGCGCCAACGGGCUGAAACAACGUUAUGGAGCGACUCUGAACACCUUCUUAUCUAAUUUGACCAAAGAGCAGAAGGAGAUUUUGAAGGAGGACCUGGAAAUGCUUUUCCGAACCGCUAAGAAGUACUCAAAAAUCAAACCGCUCCUGUUUGAUGGAGAGCCCAAGAAGCCAUCCUGUGCUGGGGCAUCGGUGUUCUGCAGUCAGAAGAUGCGCUGCCUGAUUGGGGACUUCCGCAACCACAGAGAAAAGUUCUCGUGGAUCAACUCGAAGUGGAAGACCCUCUCCACGGAGCAGAAGGCUCCCUUCUGUAAGGAGGCCGAAACCAGGUUCCACAGAUACACCUUGGACCUUCAGGAUUGGUUCAGAAAUUUAUCACCAGAGACCCAGGCCGACUAUUUGAACCAAAAACCAAGAAACAUGAAAUACGUUACCUUGGACCUGGAAAAGCCUGUAAAGAAAGAACGACACAUGGCCUCCGUCAGUAAACAUGACCAGCAACACCACUUCUACACCACUCCUGCACCAUUCUACACCACUUCAACAAUACUUCUAGAACACGGCUACACCACUUCAUCCUACAUCCAUAUCAUCCUGGACUCUGAGGAUGAAGACUAUCUGGACUGCCCCACAGACAUCCCUCCUGAGGAGGAGGAGGAAGAGGACCAGGAAGAUGAAGAGGCGCUCUGGACACAUGAGAAGUUUGCAAAGUCAGCAUGCCUCCCAGUCGAGUUCAGCAACGGGUCAGGUUCAGACUCUGAUUAAGACUGAGACUAUUGAACCACAGCGACCAAUGCUCAACGGCGCCGGGGCCAGGAGAACCAAAAGACCCUCACAUGUUCGCCCGCCCACUCCCACCUCCAAGUGGUAUCAUCUCACCUCCAGCACAUCACAUGUUGGCCUGCUCACUCUCACCUACCCGCGUUAUCAUCUCACCCCCACCACGUCACAUGUUGGCCUGCUCACUCUCACCUACCCGUGGUAUUAUCUCACCCCCACACGUCACAUGUUGGCCUGCUCACUCACCUACCCGCGGUAUCAUCUCACCUCUUCCACGUCACAUGUUGUCCUGCUCACUCUCACCUACCCAUCUCCCAGCGGUAUCAUCUCACCUCCACCACUCUGGGGCCUUGCUCCAAAUGUUUAUUAUUUGGAAAGAUAAUGCUGAUGAUUUUCAGGAUGUGAAAAUAAGUAAUCAGCUAAUGUAAAUAUGCAUGCAGUUCAAUACAGUGAAGACUUUUUAGUUGGAUUGUAAAGAAAAAAUCCUACAUCCAACCAUAGAAUUGAUCAGGUGUACAUACAUACAUAAAUUGACCGUACGCCAGCCAAUUUGCGAUCCCCCUAAAUGUCAAAGGAUUGUAUGAAAUUAAAGAUUGAUUUACAA